AGUUAGGGUUGGUUUCGGAGGCUCUAAACCCUAAUCGCUGAGGUCCGCGUCCGUCUUGAUUCCUGGAAUCGCGAAGUUCUUGUAUCAGUUCGGCGGUUCUUGUAUCUGCUGUUUUCAAAGUUUCUCAUGGCGCGCCCGAUCGGACGGUGGAUCGCCUCCCAUUGGCUAAUAUCACCCUUUUGUCACCCCUCUGGUUGCAGUUUCCCGUUCUCCCCUCUCCCCUCGCUCACUCAUCCCCCUCCCCCACCCCCUUUGCCCUCCGGGCUCUGAUUUCUGAGUCUGGUUUCCUCGGCCAAAGUAACUCGCGUAGUAAGCGCAAAUCGGAGUCUCAGCCCGGGCACCCGUGUCCGAUUUCGAAGGUGCAAUUUUUUAUCACAAAUUUGCCGACACUGGUCAGGUCCGCCAUGAUCACUGAGAAGGAUCUGCUUUUGAGUGUAUGGGAUCGCCAACCUCAACGAGCCAGCAGUGUUCACAUUUUUACGUUCAUGUCGUGAAUGUUGGUGACUCCUUACUGAUACUGAACCGUUUGAUAUGGCGGAAUCGGAGACGACAUCGCGGCAGGGGUCCAAUCCUGUUUUGACUAGAAAACUUGCUUCCACGGACAAGAGAACACGGGACAAGGCUGUAGCUCUACUUGCACUGUGGAUAUCAUGUCAGCAGGAGGUUGAUGAAGAUAACCUGAAGAAGGUAUGGAAGGGACUGUUCUACUGCGUAUGGCACGCAGACAAGGCUCCAGUUCAACAGGAGCUUAUAGAAAAUUUAGCUGGUCUUCUCGACAAGGCAGACCCGGAAGUGUCGAUCACCUUUUUCAAGGUUUUCCUCUCAACUAUGAGAAGAGAGUGGGGUGGUAUCGACCAAUUGAGGUUAGAUAAAUUUUAUUUAUUGCUGAGGAGGUUUCUGUCCCACAUGUUCAAGGUUUUGGAAACCAGAGGAUGGGACCAGGGCAUUACUGUCAAGUUCAUGGAAGCUCUGGAGGAAAGGGCGUUUUUGGCCAAUGACAAAUUCCCAGCGCUUGGAGUUAAUCUUCACUUUGCAGAUGUAUAUUGGGACGAGUUCCGAAAAUUCCUUCCUGCUCCCCGGGGAGUUUUGGGGCUUCUAUUGGAACCAUUUAUUUCCAUUCUCUCCCGUAGCACGGACAAGGUUAUGCUGAAGAGGGUCAGAGACAACAUAUUCAAUCCCCUAGCGGAAGAUGGACGCAACCUUUCCCAAGAUAUAAAAGAGAAGGAUGGGUCCGAGAAGAAGGCCCGAACGCUUGGUUACCUUCUCCACUCUACACCAGUUGUGUCUCGUCUGUUUGAGCUGGCUUCUACAGCAUCCACACCUCAAGCGAACAGGAAGGUGCUCUAUGAACUCCAUGACGAGUUCAGCAAGGUUGCGAAGGCUCUGGACUCCAUUGAUCAGGCUGUUUAUGAUAGGUAUUUUCAGGCAAAGGAAACCAAUAUCGUCGGGCAAUUGGCUCAAGGUGAUGCAGAGGAUGUAGUGGAGGAAGGAGGACGAAUGUCGCGGAGUAGACUUAGAAGGAGGCAGGCUAGAGCACAGGCGCUGGGUGUCAAGGACCCAGUAUCAUUCAAAUCAAAGAAAUCAAGCAAGUCGAAAACGACACUUGGCAAGAAGAAUCGUGACGAGGAACUCAACGGGAACGGAGAUCAUCAAGCUGUAGAAGUAGAAGGCGGUGAAGGUGGCGAUGGGGGAGAGCCACCUGCAAAGAAGAAGCGGAAUUCGAAGAGCGCUGUUGUUACUGCUGGAGUGAAUCUUCCACUUUUGCAGAAGCGAUUGUCGAAGAAAAAAGAGAAGAAAAAGAAAAAAGAUGUUGUCUCUACGGUCUCCGAAGAGAGCUCUCUGGGAGCUGCGUCUGUCACCGAGAGUGCCGUCGUCCAGCCAUCGUCCACUCCCACCGGGGUGGCUGAAAAUGGUCACCGAAGCAUUAAUGACGUGACAAUGAAUUUGGAGAAACAAUUCGACUUCGUUGCUGCCGAAGAUGAGGAUAGGUCGCCCAAGAGCUCCGGAUCACAAGACUCGUCUUGUGAGACGAGAGGCAAGAAGAAGAGGAAGAAGGAUAAAAUUGCGGCCCAGGCUGCGUCCCAGGCUGCGUCCAUGGUGGAGGACGUACCCGAUGUACCCCAGGAAGCAGCAGAUGUGGUAACCCCCUCCAACAACGAUGAUAACAGCGAUGUUGUUGUGAAGAAAAGUAAGAAGGUGCGGUUUGCUCUCAGGAACAAUAUUGUGUGGAAGCCUCAAGGUCCGCUUCCUCCACUGUCUGUGCGGACACCUCCUUCGGCCACUCCCCGGGGAAGUGCUCUGAAAGUAGGAGUUCCUCCUGGACCUAUCCGCACCAGGCCAAUUCGUGUUACGAGGGGAACAGGCAUGAAGUCAAGGAAACGCGUCACAAAGCAAUAUAUAUCAGCGUCUUCUCAGAAGCCAACUAGAACUUCCGCAAGGAAAGUGAGACGUCAAAGUGUGUAGACAGCAGGAAUUCGCUUCGGAACGCGGAGGAAUUUGGAAGAGUUUUCGCUCAGAUAUCCCCAAGGUAGGCCGGACGUCAGCUAACCUUAAUACACGAGCUCCUGUGACUUUUACAGCUGAGUAGCUCGCGAGUUGUAGUUCUAGUGGAUGCCCAAUCAUUGUCCACUUAAAAAGUUUAUUCGGUGCCGCUUCAAGUCGGAUUUGCGUCAGCUGUUAGACUCCAUGGAGAUGUUUGCCGUGAGUCUGCCAUUGUGGGGCGUGUCAUUCAUUGAUAUUACAUCGUUCCAGGGCCGGCUUGGUCCUGAAUGCUUUCUACUGCAUCGAUGUGAACAUGACAAAUAUGUCCACAAAAGUUAGAGUUGGGUCUAACCAACAAUCUAGAACAUGUCGUUCAGGCCAUGGGCCAUGGCAUCAGAUAGUGCCCUCUCUCGGCUCUGCCCUUCUGUACGAUUCAGCCCCCUCCCCCCAUCCUCAUUGUGUGGGGUGAGCAAUCACAACUGCCAGUCAAGAACAUUUCUUGUUCCUUUUCAUGUCUGGGGGUUCUGGACCGAUGUAGUAAGCACAUGUGCACGAUAUUUGGAUCAAAAGGCUAUUUGUGCAUUGAGAAUCGCCCUGUCUGAACAGAUACCUCACCGCUCUAGUUCUAGAUGUACACUGCAACACUGUAAUCGCCUUGGGCUCUCGCAGCUAAUUGUCCGUCAGAUAAUUGCCGUCCAACAUUGAGCUUAACCGUGAGUAGUUUCACCUGCUUGAAACCAUCUUGUGAGCUGUCUGUCUUACAUAACUCCCCAUCGAGAUCGAAUUGCCUCAUCACUUCCAUUCCGAUCAGCCGUGUAGGAAAAUCUGAGAAAAAAGUUUAUUGGAAGGAAAGCGGG